AUGCCUUCCUUUGUCUUGAGCUUCGCAGAAAAAUCCAAGUCUGAAGCCAUCAUAGAUGCGUACAAGUUGGGGUACCUACACUGCGCAGAUGAAACUACUCCCUUGUACCUACUCUGCCCCGACUCACCCCCUGUGGAAGGAGGAGCUGAAGAGCAGGCAGCCGGAGAGGAUGAAGCCGAGGAGGACGCAGUAGAUGAGAUGAUGAAGGCGUAG